CAGCUGAGGAGAGGAGCAAUGGCCCUUGAUAAUUUUCUUUUCGGUCAGUGCAUACUUUAUUUUCUUGCUUUUUUAUUUGGUUUUAUCUGUGUUGUACCGCUAUCGGAAAACAGCGAUGAUUUUCAAGGAAAGUGCAUUUUGUUCACUGAGGGCGUAUGGCAGAAUGAAAAUAUGACAGUCGGAAAGCAACGCUUCAUGAUCCAGGAAUGGGCAUCUGAAUCAUCCUGCCGCUUUAUUACUUUCGUCGGCAUCUUCUCCCUCAUUCUCUCUGCUAUUCAAGCAUGGCGGACGUUUUUCUAUCUUUGUAAAGGCCACGACGAUUCUUUCUUCCACGCCUUCCUGAACUUGCUGUUGAGUCUGCUGGUUGUGUUCUUAGUGUUUGUGGCCAGCACCAUCACCAGUGUCGGCUUCGAUUCCUGGUGUGAUGCUGUCACAGAAAACGGGGCCAUGCCAUGCAGCUGUGAGGAUCUGCAGGACACUGAUCUGGAACUUGGUGUGGAUAACUCAUCUUUUUAUGACCAGUUUGCCAUUGCACAGUUCGGCCUGUGGUCAGCUUGGUUGACAUGGUUAGCCAUCACGGUUAUGGCCUUCCUCAAAGUUUACCACAACCACCGUCAAGAGGACCUCCUGGACAGUCUGGUUCAUGAGAAGGAGCUGCUGCUUGGCAGGGGGUCUCCCCGCAGGGGCUCUGGAUACGACGAACGCAGUGGAAUGAUCUAGCAUUAAUACACCUUGGACCAGGAAGAAAGGCUAAUCUUCUAUUAGACAUUGAUUAUACACACAUUUACACAAAAAAGCUCUCCCAAUGCUGUUCUUCCAUCCAGAACAAAACAACAUAAUACAAAUAAAUAGUUCCCCAAGAUAAUUUACGGUCCCACAUCUCACAAAAUAACAUUACUUUCAAAAGUAAAAUAACAUAUUUAAUUGUUAUCGCAGUAGCAAAAUAAUUGUCAGCUUAAGUUUUCUGUUAUGUUUUAACAUGUUUAUCAUGACUAAUUGUUUAUCUCUGGUGCUUUUCUAUUUCGGCCCAACUAAUGCAGCACGUCAAGGUAAUCCAGUCCGGUUUCUCAGCACUCAAAGAUUUAUGAAUUCCCCAGGGGACGCACUCAAGUACAAAGAAA